CAAUAAUUUGUCACUGUUGUCAUAACAAAUUAUAUUUUGUGUUUUGGUCGAAAGAAUUCCCUUUAUAAUCAGUUAAUAUCGCAAUUUCAUAACAGAAAACUAUGUCUGAAACUGUAAAAACGAAUAAAAAUGAAGACACGGUCAAUAACAACACAACCACUGAACAAAAACCAGCAGACGACAGUCAAAUUAAAUUGAACAACAAAUUAAAAGAAAAACUUCGAAAAUAUAUCAAAAAGUUGGAUGAAACAGGCACAAGCAUAACGAAAGAAGAAAGCAUAAAAUUAGAAGUUGACACAUUCAAACAGUUAUAUAAACCCAAAUUAGCCGGGAAGGAGGACUCGUACAAGCAUAUACCAAAAUUCUACUUCAAGUUACCGAAACCUGAUGACACCCUCGCUCAGAAGCUAAGAGAGGAGACCAGAGCCCAGUUCCUACAGAAGAAGAGCAAAGAAUUGCUUGACAAUAGUGAACUGAAGCAUCUAUGGAGUUUGCUAGAGAAGACCAAUGGGAGUUACAAUGUGACUAACAAUGAUGAGCUGAUCAUUGACUAUUUCCAGUUUAAGAAGAUUAGGGAUGAAGCGGGCCCUAAGUAUAAGCCGUAUUUUACAGCUGAAGUAUUCGGUCGGCUGCAAGCGGCCGAGGGUGGCGUCGGUCGCGUACGAGCAGUGUCACUAUUCAACUACGUGAUGCGAAGAGUCUGGCUCCAGCAGACUAGGAUCGGACUCUCCUUGUACGACGUUACCGGGCAAGGAUACUUGACAGAACAUGACUUAGAAAGCUACAUAGCAGAGCUAGUACCAUCCCUCGCGGCGCUCGAUGGGCUGGACUCUUCCUUUAGCUCCUUCUACGUGUGCACCGCUGCAAGAAAAUUCCUGUUCUUCCUCGAUCCAUUGCGCGUGGGCAGGGUGCGGAUAAGAGACGUGUUGUCCUGCUCUUUCCUGGAUGAUUUGUUGGAGCUCCGCGAAGAAGACUUGCCGAUGGAGAUCCAAGAACAGAACUGGUUCAGCGCUGCCUCAGCCCUUCGCGUGUACGGACAAUAUCUCAACUUGGACAGGGAUCACAAUGGCAUGCUCAGCAUCAACGAGCUGGCUGGAUACGGUUCAGGCACGUUAACCCGGGCGUUUUUGCAGCGCGUCUUCCAACAAUGCCUAACUUACGAUGGAGAGAUGGAUUACAAGACCUAUCUAGAUUUAGUUUUAGCGCUAGAAAACAGGAAGCAGCCGGCCGCCCUAGCGUACCUGUUCAGGGUCCUUGAUAUCAACUGUGUCGGUUACUUGGAUGCUUUCACGUUGAAUUAUUUUUUUAAGGCAAUACAAGAACAAAUGAUAGCCCACGGCGCGGAACCUGUCAAUUUCGACGAUGUAAAAGACGAAAUCUUCGACAUGAUCCGUCCAGAAGACCCGACAAGGAUCACCCUUCAGGAUCUGAUCCGCAGCGGACAUGGUCACACUGCUGUAUCAAUAUUGCUGGAGUUGCAAGGAUUCUGGGCCUAUGAGAACAGGGAGGCCUUAGCUGCAGCCGGAGACCAUGCCUGACAAAGUGGGCAGCGUCUCCAAUUCAAUGGGGAUAGGUUCAAAAUAUAAACUCUUUGGUGUUUUGAAACAAUGUUUGUAUAUUUGUUUGUGACGAACUUGAAAACUGCUGAGUGAUUUUUCGUGAGGUUUGUUCUAAUAGAUA